UGUGCGUGCUUAUUACAUACGUCUGCAUGCGUAUGGCCGCAGAAGCCGAACUCUUACCUAGUAAUUCCCAGAAGAAUCUACUAGUCAGGUCCAAUAAACCUAUAAACUAUCAGCCGGGUUUCCGCCAAGGUUCAUUAUAAAGUUGCUAGUGACUUCCAUCGGUUUUCAAGCCGCCAUCUACCCGACUUCCCCAUCUGAUAAACCGACCUACUACACCUAUCGCACUUAUCGUGCCUAUCUCCUUUCCUCUCCUUAUUCUACACAUCACCGAGGCACCACCCUUCGGAAUACUGCGCUACAAUUUGCGAGAACAGCGCAAUCGCAUAAUCCAACAUACUCUCAUUCCUACAAACGAUACCCCCCAUCGCGACGUCAUAAUGCCUUCUAUAAGGUUAAAGAAACCUCUCCUCCUACUCAACAGAGUAGUUGGUCACACAACUGCCAAGAAUCACAUCACAAAAAUUCAUCUCGGCGACACGGAUGGAUUAGACGAAGAGACGAACAAGAAGCAUCUAAAAGCAAUAUACGAAAAGCGAGCGAAGAAAGAAUUACAAAAGGAGGAAAGAAAAUCCUUACAAGCCAAACGCAGAGAGGAAGAGGAAGCCGCAUUAUCAUCCGAGCCACCAGAGCUACGAGAAAGCUAUGGCACGCUCAAUGACGAGAAAUUACCUCAUUCCUUUCGGCUCGAGAAUCUGACGACCGAUGAUGUUGGUCAAACGAUCAGUUUCAACGCGCGACUUCAUCAUGUGCGGUCUGUAAGUGCGAAGCUGGCCUUCGUACUUCUACGCCAACAGGUUGAUACCGUUCAAGGUGUUUUACAAGUCCGCGAAGGCGUAGUGUCGGAGAAUUUUGUACGAUGGGCAGAGCAUUUGAAUGCUGAGUCCGUGGUACACGUUCGAGGGACUGUGCGCACUCCACCAGAGCAGAUCAAGACAUGCAGUAUACAUAAUCUCGAGAUUCUUAUCGACAGCAUGCACGUUUUAGUUCCAGUGGAGGAACCAUUGUCGAUUGAUGUCUACAACAUGGAACAGGUAGAAGAAGACGUUGAGACUCACGAGAAGCAACUUGCCGCUUCUAACCGAGUUCGUACUGCAAACCGACUUAUCUACCUCCGAACCCCAGUAAUGCAGAGCGUCUUUCGCAUAAGAUCUGGUAUCUGCAACAUAUUCCGAUCUACGCUAGAAGACCAAGGAUUUAUUGAGAUCCAAACACCUAAACUCCAGCCGGCCGCAACCGAAUCCGGCGCGGAGGUCUUCAGAGUCAAUUACUUCGGCCGGAACGCUUUCUUAGCGCAAAGCCCACAAUUAGCAAAGCAAAUGGCCAUCUCUUCCGACUUUGGUCGAGUUUUCGAGAUCGGACCAGUUUUCCGAGCCGAAGACAGCAACACACAUCGCCACCUAACGGAAUAUACCGGUCUAGAUCUGGAAAUGGCAAUCCACGAUGACUACCACGAAGCCAUGGACGUAAUUGACGACAUGUUGAAGGCCAUUUUUAAGGGUGUAUACUCGCGAUACCGCAGAGAGUUAGAUAACAUCAAGACCAAAUUCCCCCAUGAGGAUCUUGUCUGGCUAGAGAAGACCCCGCGUCUCACCUUCAAAGAAGGAGUUCAACUGCUCAAUUCCUCUGGAUGGACAGAUGAUGACGGUAAACCAGCUUCCGAGGACGAGGAUUUGGGAACGCGUGCCGAAAUUCGCCUAGGCCAGCUCGUCAAGGAGAAGUACGGUACAGACUACUUCAUCAUGGACAAAUUCCCGACAUCAGCACGUCCAUUCUACACCCACUUAGAUCCGAAUGACGAAACGAUUACCAAUUCAUUCGACAUCUUCCUUCGUGGCCAAGAGAUUACAACAGGAGGCCAAAGAAUCAAUAACCCACGUCUUUUAGCCGAGAGAAUGAAGAAGGCAGGUGUCGACCCAGAUGGCAUGGAAGAAUACAUGCAAGCCUUCGAGUGGGGUGCACCACCGCAUGCGGGGUGCGGUAUUGGUCUCGAGCGUGUCAUUUUCCUCUUAUUAAACUUGGGCGAUGUUCGCAAUGCCACUUUAUUCCCCAGAGAUCCCAAGUCAUUGCCUACGAAGAAACAUGAUCAGUCGGGCAAGGUCCCGUUCCCCGAAGCCGACACUAUCCGCUACGCAUUUGAGGGAGAACACAACCACGUCCAACUACCUGAUCUCGAGAAACUUAUCGUGAAUUAUGGUGAUGCGACAAACACAUCGUGGCUCGACGAGAGGUAUAAGGUCUGGCGACACGUGGACACCGGAGCUGCGGUCGGAUAUGCCGAAGAGAACGGGUACGCGAUGAUCAUGGGCAAUCCACUCUGCGAUUCGCGUCAGUACUCUAUCGUCAUCAGUGCUUUCCUCAAGCACUUGCGGAAGAACGAAGAUCUCCGGCCAAUUUGGAUCCUAGUUUCUGCCCAAGUUGAAGAGAUCCUCGGCGCGAAACUUGGAUGGAGGACAUUGACCUGUGUAGCCGAAGAGCGCGUAGAUGUCGAUAAUGCGAACAGGGUAGUCAAGAAAGAGCGUCAAGCCCAAAAGGCCGAGAUCAAAAUCCACGAGACGCCACUUGGUCAACCCGUACCUGAUGAAGUGAGGGAAAAGUGCGACAAGCGCAUUGAAGACUGGAAAGAGGGUCGCAAAGGCCGUAAGCAGGUGCACAUCACUGAGGUGCGACCGUGGGUGUCAAUGGCACACCGUCGAUACCUGUGGGCGGAAGACAAGAACGGCGAGAUCGUCGGACUUGUCAUCUUGCACCGCCUGUCGCCUGAACACGGUUACCAGAUUAAGUUCGCCCUCGACUUCCCGGGGUCACCAUCCGGCAGUAUCGAGGCCCUCAUUUCUCGGGCCAUUCAGAGUCUGACAUCUUCCGGUGUAAGCAGCGUAACAUUCGGCGCGGGCGCCAUGGACGAGCUGCUCAUCGGAAGCAACCUAAACGGUAUCAAGGCUAAGCUGCUAAGCCGUACGUAUAAGACGGUAGCACAACAGCUAAAAUUGAUUGCCAAGAGCGAGUUCAGAGAGAAGUUCGGCGUUAAGCAUGAUCCGGUUUAUAUCUGCUACCCAUUCAUGGGUCUAGGCGUUUCGGGCGCACGAACCCUAAUCAAAUUCUUCGAGGACGAGAUGUAGACGGGUUUUUCAUGUUACGAGACAUAGUGUUUUCUUUUGUUGAUUUGAGCCUAGCGAUAUUUUUGAUUCGAUUCGAUAUACCAGGGUAGAUGAUCUGGACGCGUGGAUUUUUGAUGAUUGGUUUCAA